ACAAUAGGUUGUAAUCAAGCUGCUAUGCCAAGUUAUGCCAUGACUAACCCUGACUACCUGUGGCAAAUUAACUAAAAAAUAUUUGUGAGGAGGUCAAAUAAACUGCAUAGAAAAUCAACGUGGUGUUUUUUGGAAGAGGAAGAAGGCAUUGUAUUGUUACGUUAUUAACGAGAACGAAUCAUUAACGGUCUCCAUUGUUGUUCACUCAUUGUCUUUGCAGUUUUUUUCGUGUACUACUCACUCAACAUCCUCAGCCACCUUUGUUUCAAUACAAUACCUGUUAACCGGGUUAACAGAGUUUGUCAGCUACUUUUGUUUUCGAACGGCGAUAAAUAGCUGAGGUUACGUGUUGCAACGUCAAGGGAACUGAGCUGAGGAUAUAUUCCGGAAGACAACAUGGCGAUGGCAGGGGCAGCGGUCGGAGCACCAGCAGCUUUGCUUGCAGAACAAGAUGCGUGUUUUAACUCAUUUUGUGAUGCAGUUCGUCUUAUCAUUACGUGUAAAGACUUUAACAAAGCAUCUUUCAAGACAAGGCCAUUAAACCUGUCCGAGGCCUAUGUUCUAUUAUGGCACAACACUGGUACUGGGGGACUGGAUGGCAGCAAAUCAAGCAUGCAUCUCAGAACUGGGGCUUUUGCUGCCGUACUUAUUGAUCUUCUAGUACGGGACAAGAUUGCUAUCAUCAACGAUACUGUGCAUUUAGGCUGUGAGCAGCAUCAGAGAUUGGCUGUCAAAGUCCUCGAUCCAACUCCAACUGGAACAUACCUGGAUAUAGCUGGGUUCAAUCAUAUUGUUGCAUACUACAAAGCCCAUCCUCAAAAGAACAAGUUACUUAAAGACUGGUUUGAACGGGAAGAACGUGAAUGCUGUGUUUCAGUCACUCUAAAGAAUUUAAUCAAACGGAAAAUUUUAGGUGAUGUUCAUACUGGGUUUUUCGGAAUGUUUCACAAGUACCCCACCAAAGAUAGCAGCUUUGAAGAAGUAAUAGAGGCCGAGAUGAAACAGGUUUCGUUGAAAGAAUGCAAGCCAGACAGUUUCAUGCUGUCCUUGCUAACUUUGUCGAGAACUGCUGAUAUGUUCUUUAGUUUUGUGGAUCCGGUCUUACAAAAGCAUUUUACAAAGGACGAAUACAAAGUGGCGAAGGAAAACAUCAAAGUGAUUGUGCAAACACAAGGGGCCGUGCUGAGGAGCCCGAAGCUUAACCGCAAGAAGAUGAAAGUGUAACUUUAGUCGGAAUAUUUUUUAAAGAAUAAAAUCUAUGUAUUUGGCGAUAAUUCUUCGCGCAUUUUUUAAUUCCAAAUGGGUCAUUAUCGGUUUCUUAUUACAC